UAUAUAUUUUGGCAUGAAGGGGAGGCUGAAAGGUUCACCUGUUGAAUUUUUGCCAUGGUCAAUGGUGUGGGAGUCCUUCAAGAAAGGAAUAAACAGCAAAUGUAUCUCCCCUGCCGCUAUGAAGUUGCAUGUGCUCUCUUAUGGAUGCAAGAGAUUUGGGAGAAGGUGGUUGUAUGUACUAGUGGGGGGAAAUUGCACUCUGCAGCAGGUUAGACACACUCCUUAUUUCUUUAUCUGUGCUGGAGAUAAAUCCUGGUGCAGACACGUGUACAUGUGUGCCUGUGUUUGUGUGUGUGUGUAUAGGCAAUUUCAGUUCCAACUAGGCAUCUCAGCAUCCUCCCUCCCCAAAGUAUUUCUCCACCGCCGCCACCUUCUCAGUUUCGUUCACUCCUUCCUGCCUGGCCAGGCGAAAAACUGGUGAGGAAUAAAUCAAGCCUUUGCGCGCAGAAAUUGAACACAGCAGCACACUUGCUUGAACCCAUCCAGGCGAAAGUUUACCAUUGGUUUGUGUCCCACAAAGAAAAUACUGGACAUUGACGUUCUACAGCCAUGACAACAUCAAGAUCCCUCCUCCUUGGCUUCUUGAUCCUUUUUACUGGGGGCUCCCUUGCAGACACAGAUGAGGCAACAGUGAAAUCUACUGACAAUGUGUCUGAUCUGGUUUCCCCCACGCCUACGCUUGCUGUAACUGAACAAAAGACGAAUGCAUCUACACCAGGGGAGAACCCUGAUGUCUCUGUGGCAGCUCUCAAAGACCCAAAGCUAUCAACUGAACCACUUCCCAGCACAUCCAGCAGCAAGGAUACAACAGAAACAUCCAAAUUGCUUCCCAAGCAAACCGAUGCUGUGGCCAUGGUCUCAGACUCUGCAGAAAGCACGACUGCCAUCAUACCUGUUUCUAGAAGGCAUGAUGGCACUCCUUUUCCUCAACCAGCGAACAAUUCAGUUGUAGAAGGAAAUCUUCAGGAUGCUUCUGACACAGCCACUUCCACUGCCCAUGCAACCCUCCAUACAACUGUCCAAACCAUUGUGAGACAAAAAUACCCAGUAACAACAGGCAAGAAGACUCCUCCUGAAAAAACUGCUACUCUCCACCCCACCUUGAAGGAGAUGGAAGAAGAAACAGAGAUGACAACGGAACCAGUACAAUACAUAUUGGAUAAUAUCACAAUAGGGACUACAGUUCAAAACCCCGUGACUGUGGCGGUUGGAGAACCAAAACAUGAUACCACUGGGGCAAACUCUCAAGGGAAGAGCUACCUCCUCAUCAUCUUGGCAGUGGCCUUCUGCAUCUUGUGCCUUGUGGCAUUCCUGGUGUUCAUGUAUCGCAGGCACCGGCACCGCUCUGGGUCUACCAACUUUAACCAGGCCGGGUGGGCAGGGCAGGUGGCAUUGCCAGACGAUUCGGCCUUGGAUAGGGACAUCGAAGCAGAGGCGGUGGCUGCCUCUGGGGAUGGGGAAGCAAGGCGCAGCACCUUGGUCACCUUCUUUGGCAAACGUCAAUCCAGGCUGCCCUCGGUCGCCAUGGAAGACAUCAGUGGGAAAAAAGAGAGGGAGGAAUGCCAGCAGCUGCUCAAUAGCGACACUGGCCCAGAAGGAUCUGGGGAGGCCAAUGGCAAAUUAUCAGAGCCCACCAAGGAGGUAUCUGAGAAGACUUCCACUCUGAGCAAACCAGAGCAAGGAUCCUCCUAAGCAACUCAUCUAGUUCAUGCCUCCUUCUUUGACUGCUCCUACAAUCCAAGGCUUCCAUUGCCACCAACAUAUUCCCCUCCCAGUUCCAUUAGACUACAGACCUUCUUCUGCUUAUCUUCCCCUCCACAUCUUGGUCAAUUGUAUAUGUGGGUGGUGGAGGUGAGGAGGAGCAAAAGAGAAAAACUCUUGCUUUGCCAUUACUGUAUUCAGAAAUGCUUGACCACAUCCUUUUUCCGGUUUGCAUGGUAUCUACAGUGUGGAGACAAACUCCGAGGUAAAUCAGGAGUUUGGGUUUCCCAGCUACUUUCAGGACCGAUUCACCCAACCCUAUGCUAAAUCUAGAAGAUUAGGUGGUGUUUUGUGUAAGAGUCGGGUGGAAAGCUUCUUUCAGAUCUAUAUAUACCGUAUAUGCGUGGAAAGAAGGGAACCAAGUGUGUCAAGAGAAAAUGAAGUUGUGGUGAAAGAAUCACCAUAGGCAAAUAGUUCUGUUUGUAACAGGAAACUUGAGUCAUCAUUUCCAAAAAGUAUAUACAUUUUAAAAAGCCAAUGUAUUUAAUGUUCUAAAGAGUCACCCCCACCCAGCACAACUCCAGGUUAAGUCUUGACACUGUUGUUUUCUUUUUAUUUGUUUCAAAGGAAACAGUCAUUUCUGGAAAGGCACAAUUAAAAUAUACAGUUGUUAACAGGCUCGGAUUUUUGGUUCAAUAUAACUUCAGCACUUACUAUAUGGGCUGCUGUGGUGCAAUGGGUUAAACCCUUGUGCCAGCUGAACUGCUGACCUGAAGGUUGAUGGUUCGAAUCUGCGAGAUGGGGUGAGCUCCCAUCUGUCAGCCCUAGCUUCCCAUGCGCGGACAUGAGAGAAGCCACCCAGUGGGAUGGUAACACAUCUGGGCGUCCACUGGGCAACAUCUUUAUAGACAGCCGAUUCUCUCACACCAGAAACGACUUUCAGUAUGGGGUUGUUGUAUGUUUUCCGGGCUGUAUGGCCAUGUUCUAGAAGUAUUCUCUCCUGACGUUUCGCCCAUAUCUAUGGCAGGCAUCCUCAGAGGUUGUGAGGUACUUUCAGUAUGUUCUCAAUUUGCUUCUGACAUGAUUUAAAAAGCACUUACUAUUUAGUAUUAUUUUAAAAAGUCAAGUUUUCAAUUAGCUAGAGGGUUUUUUUCUGUUGCUAAGAGAGUUUUUAUUUUAACAAAAAGCCAUUUCAUAAAACUAUUUUGUAUGUGGGAGAAACUAAAUAUACAUUCUGGUGAAUAAGAACGACAAGAGACACAAAAUAGCCUUUUGUCUUGGCUUGGUUUUUGAGGUCCUGCCUUUUCCUCCACAAGUAGAUACCAUGCAUAUCAGGUGUAGGUGACGCUGGCUCAUCCUGUUAGACUUCAUUCAUAUCUUUCUAGAAGAAGUCUCUUUGAUCCUGAAUGGUAUCACUGAUUGAAUACCAAAUUGGCAUUCACAGUAGGCUACCUGAUAUGCAAAUGAAUCACGUAGGUUGUAAAAUUGCCGUGUAUUCCAAGCAUGUGUAUGCAUUCUCUUGUUGAUUUCCAUGAAACCUACACAUCAAUAAGUGUAUAUAGGAUUGCAGCCUAAAAGAGACUAGCAUUUUUAUUUGGGGAGCUACUGCAGGAUGGUAAGACUGUACAGAAGCUAGGAACGGGACACAUAUCCCAUCACUUCAGGCAGUAAAAUAUCUGGGACCAGCACUGAUGGUUCACUUUGAUCUAUGAAUGAACUGUGCACUUAAGUUCCAAAACCCCACUUUCAAGCCUUGUUCUAGUGUAAAUAAAUUCCUUUACAAAUUUCAAUCAAUCUUUUGUAAAUCCAAUAAAGGAUUUAGAAAGCAA